GCGCAUGUGCGAGUCUACAGUUUCGAGCGGGCUCUUUCAAAAAUAACAUGAGAAGAUGGAUUUUAUAUCUGCGCUGCAGUUUCUGAGACUAAAUCAAAUCCCACAAGCCUGGGUGGAUGCAGUGUGGGACCUGGAGUUCACAGAACGAACUCCGCUGGACGACAACAUAGAGGAGGAACUCGCAGCCAGUGGAGACAAGUCCUUCAGGAAGCUCCACCAGUGUUUACUGUCCCGCGCUGCCGACCAGCGUCAGUCCACAGGCAACGAUGAAGCUUCACAGAGUGUCUGGGCGAUCCUGGGGGAGAACGACGUGUCGGUCAAGUCUCUGGUGGCUGUUCUGUCCUCCUUCGUCCUGGCAGGAAAAGCUAAAACGGCCAACGUCCAGCAGAGGGUGAACGGCCUGUACGCCGCCUCACUCUACCUGCUGCUUCUGGGAAUCCCAGGGAGCAUCGCCAACAAGGUUUUCCAUGAAGUUCUGUUGGACACGUGCUCAGACCUGACCUCUCACUGCUGGCCUCAGGACUCUGGGAGGAAGCGCAAGAAGGACGGUCCGAAGAGUUCUCAGGCCGACGGGAAACGCUCCAAAACACAGCGCAAAGACGCCCACGAGAUGGAAGUGGAUGAGGGGGAAGAAGAAGAGGAAGAGGAACUGAAUUUCUCCAGUCAGGACCUGAUGAAGAUCAGAGAUGCUGUGGUUCUGUUGGUUCAAAGUCUCCUCAGGCUCCUGCAAACGUUUCCGCUCAAAGACCGACCACAGAGCGCCAGUAACUGCACUCAGAUCUUCAGUAAGCUGCUGUACUUUGAACCCGUCGUUGGUGAACCAGACUUUUCUUCUGUUCAAGAUCUCACUGAGCUGAAGAGUGUCCCUAUGAUGGGUUUCUAUGGCCUUCAGCUGCUCUGCUCGCCCAAGCACGGAGACCAGAAAGAAUCUCUGCGGAGGGUUUUCCACCAGCUGCUCUACGUGAUCCUCAUGAUGAAUAAACGCAGCAGAGGAAAACCUUCCCUCCUCGUACCCAGUCAGUCCGUCCUCGCCACCCGCAACCAGGCCGUCCAGUUUGUUUGUCAUCUUGUGAAUGAGCUGAAGGAGCCGGCGCUGCCUCUACUGCAAGUCCUGCUGCAACACAUCUGCUUCCAGAUGGUGGAGAAGAGCGAGUAUCGAAGCCACGGAGCGCAGGCUGUGGGCAUGUUUACGUCUCAGAUGGAAAGUACGGACUACGCCCGAUUCAUCAAGUGGUUGUUCAACUUCUCCAGACACACGAAGAUGGUGCACCGUCUGUUCUCCUUGGAUGUGGUGAUGGUUCUGCUGGGGCAGGAGGAGAGGAACCCGGAGGAGUGUAGUAGUGAUCCGGAGCUCGCCUGCUUCCUGCCGUUCAAGUUCCUCAUCCAGAACCUGAUGUUCGCUCGGCGCAAGGACGAGUCGCCCACGGUCCAGGGACACGCCCUGAACUGUCUGGCCCAGUGUCUGGAGCUGCCGUCGCUCAACGUCACCAGGGCCGUACACAACCUCUUCUCUGCCACUGGAGCUCAGACAGUGUUGGAAGGCGAAUCCACAGAAGAAACCCGCUUUUCCCAGAACACUCAGAAAACCUACCGCUCUCUGCCGUUCAGGACUGUGGAGAUCACCAGUACUGACGCCUCCGUCUGCGAAGCGAAGGAAAACCUGUCUCUCCUCCUGCGUCGCGUCAAAGACUCAAAGACCAACUUGAGGAAAUCUGCGCUGCAGGCUCUGCUGGGUCUCCUGAAGCACGGCGUCAUCCCCGUGUGCUGGGAGAACCUGGAGACGCUGUCGGAGCGCUGCAGAGACCCGGCGGUGUCCGUGAAGAAGAAGGCUCUGCAGUGUGUGGGAGAGCUGCUCGCUGCCCGACCGGACUGCAGCGCGGUGCAGAAGGCGUGGCUGCAGGGCGUCGUCCCGGCCGUGGUCGACUCUGAGAACUCGGUGCAGGACAAGGCUCUGGAGGCUCUGGACCAGGUGAUGCUCAGUCAGAUCAAACCCUACUCCGCCAACUUCUACCUGGACGCCGCUCAGAGGCUGACCUGGGACCUGCUGGGCCUCCUGUGUCACGAGUGCAAGAACCUCAGCCGAUAUUUCAGCAGGGCCUUCACCAUCUGGUCCAAGCAGAACAAGUUCACGCCGACGUUCAUCAAUAACCUGAUCUCACACACUGAGGCUGAUCAUGCUCCUGGAGCCUGGCUGCUGCUCUCCAGGGUCGUCGCCUCCUCCCCCAAACUGCCCCACGGCAAAAUCCUGAACGCCUGGGACGCCAUGAUGAAGUCAAAGGACAUGAACACGACAACCUGCUGUAACAUCCUGUGCGUCAUGGGCGACAUCGCUGCACAUCUGAACACAGACACCAAACACAGGAUCGUUACUGAGCUGAUGUCUUGGCUGAAGACUUUCUCUUUGUCUCUGGACGUGAUCAACGCUGCCGUGGAGACUUUGCACCAGUUUGGUCGCAGCGAAGACAUUAAACAGACGCAGGCUUUUCUGAACCAGCACUGUGGGGAGCUGGUGUCUGUGUCUGAGGCUUAUUUAGCCAACGUUCUCCUGAGCGACAGCGGAGCCCAGAACCUGAACGAGGAGCUGAUGAUAAAACACCUCCACACUCUGGGCGCGGCGUCGCUCCACUGUCCCGCUAAGGUGGGAAAGAGGACGGUGCUGCUGGUGGAGUCGGUCCUCACCACACAUUCUGACAAACUGGCAGAGUGCCAGGGAGAGCUCCCAGCGUCGCUGCCUCUGUCCCAGUUCAGACCGAACGCUCUGUCCACCAGAGUCAGAGCCCACGGAGUCAUCACCUUAGGUAAACUGUGUCUGCAGCACGACGAGCUGGUCCAGAAGUACCUGCCCGUGUUCGCCAGGGAGCUGGAGGUGGGAACGGAAGUGGCCGUGCGCAACAACAUGGUGGUGAUCAUGUGUGACCUGUGCGUUCGAUACACCAACAUCGUGGACCACUACAUCCCCAACAUCUCCGCGUGUCUGCGAGACGACGAGGCCGUGAUCAGGGAGCAGACGCUCAUCAUGCUGACAAACCUGCUCCAGGAGGAGUUUGUGAAGUGGAAGGGCUCCCUCUUCUUCCGCUUCAUGGUGGCGCUGGUCGACCCGGUUCCUGCCAUCGCCAGUCUGUGUGAAUACUGUCUGCUCCACCUGCUGCUGAAGAAGAACCCAGAAAUGUUCAGCCAACACUUCAUCGAGUCCAUCUUCACCUUCAACUCCUACAGCAAACACAAGUCCUACAACAAGUUCCCUCAGAGCGACCGGGAAAAGGUUCGGUUUUCCUUGAAAGGCGAUCAGCACCGCGAGAAGAGAUUUCGUAUCUACCGCUUCCUGUUGGAGCACUUCACAGACGCACAACGCUUCAACAUCACCAACAAGAUCAACCAGACCGUCCUCGCAUGCUUUGCAGACGAGGAGCUGCCUCUGGACGCGGACGGCGCCGAGAUCUUGUCGGAAACCUUCAACGUCUUGAGCCUGAAGGAGAUGAAGCUUCAGGCCAUAUCCGCUCCGGCGGGAGCAGCCGCAGGCGGCGAGGAACCCGAGGAGGAGAACAUGGCCACCAUGGCGAAGGCCGUGCUGCAGGCUGCACAGAAGAAGGUGGUGUCACAGGUCCAGAAAAAGGCCUUCGUAGAGAACACGGUUCCUCUCAUCAUCGGCCUGAAGAACCUGCUGGAGCAGAAGCGCUCCCCCGUCCUCAAAGACCUCAUGACCUACCUCCAGGUGACCAUGCAGGACUAUCGCAGCGAGGUGAAGGAGUUCUUCUCCGGAGACGAGCAGCUGGCGGCCGAGGUGGAAUUCGCUCUGAAGGCCACGGAGAAGGAGAGGGAGAUGCAGGAGCAGAUGAAGAACUUCAGCCUCACGGGAGGAGGCAGCAAGACCCCGACGCCGCAGGACGUGGUCCAGUCCCCCGUCAGCUCCAGGCCUCUCCUGCCGUUCAGCUUCGCGACGCCUCAGCCUCCUCGUCCGAGCGCCCAGUCCAGCCGACUGUCCGUCACCGACCGGCGUGUGCUCAAACCGAUACAAGGCGAACGAGCUCCGGCUAAAUCCUUCAGUCUGGAGGGAACAGUGAUGUCUAAAGGAGGCGUGGAUUACAGAGCCGUCAGCACGCCUAACGGUGUUAACGUCAACCUGACCUUCGAUGAAGGAGUCAGCGCCAUCUUCAGCGACAAAGGAGCAAGUCUUGGUGGAGAGUCCAGCCUCCUCCACGUGCGAUCAAACGAGCAGCGACAUUCUGGACCGAGGCAGUGGAACGUGAAGUCUCCUCUCUGUCAGAAGAAGAAACAGUCUAGAGUUCAGCCGAUCUAACACUUCACAUGUUUGUUUCUGUUUUUCCUCACAACUUUUUAAAUCUUUAUUUCACACAUUCGGUUAUUUUUUGACCUUCCUUCAUUUUCUGUCUUUGACCUUUGAUAUAUAUAUGUAACCAUGUCACUGUUUGUUCUGUAUGUUUUUGGUAAUAAAACAUUAAAGCUUUUUUUGUUUUUUGAGUCA